AUGGGGUUUGAUAAGACUCGCCUCACUCCAUGUCCAGUACUACACCUUUCAGAUCAUGAUAUGAAGGAUCCUAUUGGGUACUUAUCGAGACCGGACAUUGCUAAAUUGGGUUCAGAAUAUGGAAUAGUAAAGCUAGUUCCACCUACGACUUGGAGACCUAGAUUUCUGUUAUCUGAUCAUUUUAGAUUCCACACGAGACUUCAGAAGUUGAGUGACCUUGGUUUGACAACCAGAAGUAGAAACUUCUUCAGAGACAAUAUAAAUCGGUUUUUAAAGAUGCGUAGGCGGAGACAACUCAAAUUAUAUUUCAAGGUUGAUUUGAACACUGAUGUAUUCAAAAACGUAAAAGUUCACUAUUACGACCUCUACGUUGCGGUUGAAAAUAUAGGGGGAAUUGAUAAAAUGGAUGAAGGGAAGUGGGAACAAUUAAAUAAUUCUUUUGGUAUUCCGAAGAAAGAUAUGAAGUUGAAGGAGGAAUACGACACCAAUUUAAAAGAAUAUGUGAAGUUUUUGGAUGAAAGUAAUCACCAAAACUAUGAGUUUCCUGAUAGUGACUCUGAGGAUGAGUCCGGGCACUGUUUAAUAUGCGGGAGGCUGAACCAUCCGUCUCAAACUCUUCUCUGUGAUAACUGUGAUAACGCUUAUCAUCUAUCAUGCCUUCUGCCUCCUUUGGAAUAUGUACCUCUGGGAAGCUGGUUUUGCGAUAAGUGUUUGAUAGGAACAGGUGAAUAUGGCUUUGAAGAAGCAGUCGAUAUUAAGUAUACUUUGCCAGAGUUCCUAAACAUAUGCUUAGAUUUCGAACAAGGUUAUAUAAGAGACUCUAACUAUGGACAACCGAUGGAUUUGAACGAGAUAGAAAGAAAGUUUUGGAAGCUAGUAGAUACUCAGAAUUCUGACUUAGAAGUGAAAUACGGGGCCGAUAUUCAUAAUUUGCGUCCCGGUGAAAUAAGUGGAUUUCCUAUGUCUAAUUCUCCCAAUUUGUCUUUGGAUGACCCUGAUAUUCAAUCAUACAUAAACCAUCCAUGUAAUUUGACUAAAUUACCAUUUGCAAAGGGUUCACUAUUGAAUUACAUCAACACAACAAUAUCUGGAAUGACAAUUCCAUGGAUUUAUAUUGGAUCUUUGUUCUCGACGUUCUGUUGGCACGUCGAAGACCACUACACAUUGUCUGCAAAUUAUUGUCAUUUUGGUGCCACAAAAAAAUGGUAUGGCAUUCCGUCUUAUGAUGCUGAUAAAUUCGAAAAGUUGAUGAAAGAGUCGGCUCCAAAUUUAUUUAAGAAACAACCAGAUUUAUUGCAUCAGUUGGUGACAUUAUUAUCACCCAUGACACUAGUUGAUAAUGGAAUACGAUGUGUUUAUGCAGAUCAAAAUCCAAAUGAAUUUGUAAUAACGUACCCUCGUGUUUAUCACGCUGGGUUCAACAGUGGUUUUAAUUUCAAUGAAGCAGUGAACUUUGCAAUGAGCAAUUGGUUAGAGUUCGGAGAAAAAUCAAUUUAUGACUACAAAUUAAUUAAGAAAGAAAGUGUUUUCGAUCAUUACAGCUUAGUGGAAAACAUCUUGAAGGAUUUCAACAGAAAGCAAGGAUACAUCAGCGCAACUGAAUUAAGUCUCGUCAAGAGAAGUAUUGAUAGCUUUGAGAGAUUUAUAGAAAGGCAAAGCACGUUUCUCUCCAAACUUGAUAAAUCUAGGUUUUCUGUUGUCUUUAAACCAAAGCAAAUCAAGGAGAGGAAAUUCGAAGAUGAAAAAAUUGGCGUAUUUGAGAAAGACGAUGACGAAGAUGAAGAAGAUUUAUGUGAUUUGUGUCGCACAUAUAUUUCAUAUCAAUAUUGUUUGAUCAACAAUGAGUCGAGAAACUUCGGCCUCGACCCACCAGUCAUCGUUAAAAAAGAGACCCCGAGGGAACCUUCCCGGAUGAGUAUUAGUCAACUUUUGACUCCAGAGACAUCGCCAUAUGAUCCUACUGGUCACCAGACGGAGAAUCUCAAGUCAAUACCGACCUCCCGUGGUUCAAAUAACCUUGCUCUUUUAACACAAAAGUCGUUAAGUGAGAUGGAAGAGUACGAGAAGCUCAUUAAUGCAGCCAAACGAGCUGCAUCUGAUGAACCCGAGCAGGAUGAAAGCCAUAUGACAAAACGCAAGUCAAGAAGAAUCGUCAAGAUGCAAUCGGCUCUGGCUACCUCAAAUUCUGCUCCUAGCAAAAUGAAAGCCGUGCAAAUUUCUUCGAGGUUGAGGCAACUUAAUCAAAAAGCUACUAUCAAGUUAUGCUUAGAAUGUUGCGUUGACUAUCACUUUGGCAAGAAACUGCAUGAAGUUCCAGAGGGCUCAACAUUGUUGUAUCAAUCGUACCCGUCGCUGAUGAGAGACCUUUUGAAUAAAUCAAAGCGAAACCUCCUUGAUAUCACUACAUAG